AUGACUGGCAAUGGUAGCGCAGCUGUUCUGAAGUAUUGUAUGAGAGGCCUUGAAGCAGCUGAGAAAGAAGGAGAAAACCUCCCUGAGGCUCAGUCAGCAUUACAGUACUUAAAAGGAGUUACGAAACUUUGCAAUGAGAAAGAGCCAGAGACUGCUGCUAGACUCAUUGAACAUCAUGACUUGUGCCUUGAACAUGUUCCAACAACAUUAUUGAAAUCUAAAGAGGUAACUUUGUGUUUGAUUCCAAGGCUUCCUCUCGAUCAACUUUUGCAUUUUUUACCAUCAUUCUACAAGCAUAAUGUACUCAAACCAAACACUGCUACUUUUAAAGCUGCUGUAGAAAGGUUGACUUCAGAAACAGCCUUGUCUGACACAUCAACCAAUCCUCUUCAAACCUUUUUAGCUGUUAGAAGGUGGCAAGAUGCCACUAAAAUUGUUCCUGGUAAACCAAAGUUAAAUACAAAGGCUUUAGAUGAUGCUUUAUGCAGUCUACAUGAUGCAUCGUUCAAGAAUGUUUCUUCUAAAGACAAGCGAUACCUUAUUGCUCUUGAUGUAAACAAAGAGAUGAACAGUACUCGUUGUGCUGGUUGCAGUGUAAUGGGUCCAUCUCAUGUCAGUGACAUCAUCCUCAUGGCUUUGAUAAAAGCAGAGUUAUCAAAUGUGACUGUGGUUGUCUUCUCUGAGACCGAGUUUGUUUCUGUCGACGUAAAUGAUAAAAUGACACUUAAUGAUAUUGUGGAACAGUUGAACGAAGUGAAACCUGGUCCUGUUCAACUAUCUGCUCCAAUUUCGUGGGCAUUGCAGAAGAAAAAACCUUUUGAUUCUUUUCUGGUAUUCUCUGAUGCUCUUAAAUGCUCAUUAGAGGAUGAAUGUGCAGCUGCCCUGAAAGAAUACAAAGAAACACUCCAUUUACCAGACACUAGGUUUAUUAUGUGCUCUCUGAAUGAUCGUAAAUCUGCUUUCCCACUUGAUAAGUUGGACAUGUUGAAUAUUAUUGGUUUCAAUGUUAAUCUUUUGAAAAUUAUCCAAGAUUUUACUAGUGGUGUGUUUUAACCAAAGAGGCCUUGCUUUAUGGAACUAGUAGAAGAAAUGUUGAUUAUUUUCUUUUUGUAAAUACUGUUUAAUGGGUGCGGCUUUUAGAAAAUGUUAUUGGAAAAAAACUAUUUUUUGCUCCUUUUUUAAAUCAAUAAGUUAUCUUUAAUUCAAAGGCAGCUUUAUUUUUUAUGUAUCAAUGUGAUCUUUUCUUAUUAAGUUAUAAUUUGUUUUAAGUUGCGCUGAAAAAAUACUGUCUAUUCCAUAUUCAUCUAAAGUAUGAAGAAAGUCCAGAAAGUAGUACCAGUUUACUUAAGUA